CGAAGCCUGACGAAGCAUCGAGAAGGCGGUCGCACUUGGUAGAAAAAUUAACUUUAAACGAGGCGCCCGGGGCUCAAGAAAUUCAACAACAAACCCGGGAACGAGACCACACCUUUUCCUCUACUCUACUCUACUCUACUCUGCAACCUCGUUCUGGAUCGCAUCCAUCCGUACUCAUCCAUAAACACAUUGCACAGCACCUACCAUACGAGAAGUCAGAUAGGCCGCAAAUAUGAGUGUUGUCGGCGUGGACUUCGGGACUCUUAAUACAGUCAUUGCUGUUGCUCGGAAUCGUGGUGUCGAUGUCAUCACCAAUGAAGUCUCAAAUCGAGCUACACCGUCUUUAGUCGGCUUUGGACCUAAGAGCCGGUAUCUCGGCGAGCCUGCGAAGACACAGGAGAUCUCGAACCUGAAGAAUACCGUUUCAUCUUUGAAGCGAUUAGCAGGCCGCACCCUCAACGAUCCCGAUGUGCAAGUGGAACAGCAGUUCGUCUCUGCACCCCUCGUCGAUGUCAACGGUCAAGUUGGCGCGGAGGUCACAUAUUUGGGCAAGAAGGAGAAAUUUACGGGUACACAGCUUGUGUCCAUGUUCCUGAGCAAGGUCAAGAGCACGGCAUCAGCAGAAUUGAAGCUCCCAGUCUCGGAUAUUGUUAUGAGCGUUCCGGCUUGGUUCACAGAUAUCCAGCGAAGAAGUUUGAUGGAUGCUGCUGAAAUUGCUGGACUCAAGCUGCUCCGCCUCAUGAAUGAUACUACGGCGGCUGCUCUUGGUUACGGUAUUACGAAGCUCGAUCUCCCUACCGCUGAAGAGAAGCCAAGACGCGUGGCAUUCAUCGAUAUUGGACACAGCAACUACACAUGUUCUAUUGUAGAGUUCAAAAAGGGCGAGUUGACUGUCAAGUCGACUGCUUAUGAUCGUCAUUUCGGUGGUCGGGAUUUUGACAAGGCUCUGGUUGAUCAUUUGGCUGCGGAGUUCAAGGAGAAGUACAAGAUUGACAUCAACACCAACCCCAAGGCUUUGGUCCGUGUCCAUGCAGCUGCGGAGAAAUUAAAGAAGAUCCUGUCAGCCAAUCAGCAAGCGCCCGUCAAUAUCGAGUCAUUGAUGAACGAUGUCGACGUUGCAACAAUGAUGACUCGUGAGGGCCUUGAGACGCUUGUCGAGCCUCUCCUCAAGCGUGCUCAUGUACCUCUGGAGGCAGCCCUGGCCGAGGCGAAACUGAAGGUAGAAGAUAUCGACAUCAUUGAGUUGGUUGGUGGAUGCACGCGUGUCCCAGCUCUCAAGGAUCGCAUUCAAAAGUUCUUCGGCAAGACCCUCUCCUUCACGCUCAACCAGGACGAGGCUAUUGCACGAGGCUGCGCUUUCAGCUGCGCCAUUCUUUCCCCCGUCUUCCGUGUCCGAGACUUCGCCAUCCACGAUAUCGUCAAUUAUCCAAUCGAGUUUACAUGGGAGAAAUCUCCUGAUAUUCCUGAUGAGGAUACCAGCUUGACAGUUUUCAACAAGGGCAAUGUCAUGCCAUCAACCAAGAUCCUCACCUUCUACCGGAAAGAGCCGUUCCAACUCGAGGCCAAAUACGCUAAACCUGAAUUGCUCCCCGGAAAGGUUAACCCGUGGAUUGGACGAUUUUCGGUCAAGGGCGUCAAGGCUGAUUCUAAGGACGACUUCAUGAUUUGCAAGCUCAAGGCUCGUCUCAAUUUGCACGGCAUCCUGAAUGUAGAGCAAGGAUACUAUGUUGAGGAUAUGGAGGUUGAGGAGCCCAUACCUGAGGAGAAGAAGGACGACGAAAAGAAGGACCCAGAUGCAAUGGACACCGAAGCUGCCGAGAAGCCAAAGACAAGAAAGGUCAAGAAGCAAGUCCGAAAAGGCGAUUUGCCAAUCGUCUCUGGCACCUCUUCCCUCGAUGAGCAAUCAAAGCAAACCGCAGCCGAGCAGGAAUCUUCUAUGAUUAUGGAGGACAAGCUCGUUGCCGACACCGAGGAGAAGAAGAACGAGCUUGAGACUUAUAUCUAUGAUAUGAGAAACAAGAUUGAUGACCAGUACUCUGAAUUCGCGAGCGAGGACGAGAAGACUAAGUUGAAGGCAAAGCUUGAGACUGUUGAGGAAUGGCUCUAUGAUGAGGGUGAUGACUCCACAAAGGCGAUCUACAUCUCCAAGAUGGACGAAAUCCGCGGUCUAGCUGGCCCCAUUGCCCAACGCUACUUCGACAAGGUCGAGGAGGAGCGUCAAGCUGCCCAGGCUAUUGCGGAGGCCGAAGCAGCCAAGAAGCGUGAGAUGGCAGAGGCAGCACGAAAGGCGGCCAUGGCACAGGAGGCUGCAAGCAAGGAUGAGGAGAUGACUGAUGCCGAGACAAUAAAGCCGGAUGAGGUCUCUGAGCCGGAGGAGAAGAAGUAAAAUCAUGUGACGGACAUUAAUGAUUUGAUGAUGGGGCGGAUGGCACUUGCAUAGGCGGAUCCGGGCCAGGAUUCUCUCUCUCUUUGGUUGCCUGACCCAUCUCCUGCGUGCGAGAAUUACUUGCUUGUUGGUUCCGGUGCGUUAUAGAUGGCGAUGCAAGGUUAGAUAUUCAAGUAUUACAAGCCACAGUUGAGACUCUUUGUGAAAUUGAUGCUCUUCAAAGUGUG